UUCUUUUUCUUUUUACUACAAAAAUCAAAAAUGUCUGACGAACGUCAUAACAAUAUGGGCCCCGUCCGUCCUGCAGAUGAAGAAGCAAAGGCUGUCUUUCAUGAAGUUAAAGAGCAAGUCAUUGACAAGCUUCAUGAGCUUAAUCACUUGGACAAUGUACACGGUUUGCAUGAAGUAGAUGAUUUAAAACGCAUCGAGCGUUACGUGUUAGUUGAAUAUGCAACUGAAGAGGUUGCUUACGGAAUCAACUACUUUGGCAAGAUUCAUCUCGGUGAAGAAAAGUAUAUUCACGUCAGAUGUCAUAAAUCCCAUGACGGAAAGGUCGACUUUUACUCUAUCAAAACUGAUGGCACAGCCAUUUGGUCACGCGAAGAACCUUUAACUUACUUUAUUGACUAAACAUCUUUGAUAAAUAAAAAAGAAUCAUGAUCUCACGC